GCAGGUCUUAUUUGUUCUCUCCAGCAGGAGGGCGUUCCGCUGGAGAACACACAGAUACAGGCUGCUGAAUUCUGCCGGCGGACGUGCGUAUUGGUUCAUAUUUAGAUGCUGUCAAAGCUGAGGGUCUGCAUUAGGGGGACAUCAACACCCGGAUCAGGCCUUCCUUCAUGUGAGCCUUCCUGGUGGUUCACACUGCCGGGGGAAAGGCGACAGAGGAGGCCAGGCUCGAAGACAUGGAGGCUGAGCGUCCUUGCAGAGGGAGUGAUCUGUAGGACGAGGUGAUUUCUGCAGAGUGUCGGCUCUCAUAUUAUGGACCCUGCCCACCUUGGAGGGGAUAUGUCACCUUUGUAUGUGCCACGUAAGAGAAAGUCUGUCCAGUCCCAACCUAAAGGUGGAGUGCCAUGUCCAGUAGUUCAGCGAAUGCCAGAGAGGACCUGUGAGCCAAAUUCAGUUGGAUAUCCUAAGAAUGAAGAGUCUGAAGAUCGAGAGGCUGUAAAGAUGAAGAGAACUUACGGGAGGAAAAGGUACGAGGAACUCCAGAGUGUUUCCAUGGGAACAGUAGACUACCCGACCACCAGCUGCUCGGUGAUGUCAUCAGGUGGUCUCUCAAACGGGGCGGAUCCUAGUUCCAUGGCUCCUCCCACUGCCAGGCAGCCUCCAAGAGUGGUGGCCAAGGACGUGUGGCCUCAAGACCCUGAGGCCAGCAGAGAGCAGUCCCAGCCUGAAGACCCGAGCUGGAACUCCAGCAGGGACCGGGGCCCUGAUGCCUGGGCCCCAGGUAGAGACCGAGGUCAGGACCAGGUGUGGAACUCUAGCAGAGACCGAGCAGGACACUCCAGUCAGGACCAGACAUGGAUUCCAGGCAGGGAAAGGGCCCAUACGGGACCAGACCAGGCAUGGAUGACGGGCAGGGAUAGAGGUCCAGAGCAGGGCUGGGCAGCCGGCAGGGAUCGAGGCCAGGAUCAGGCCUGGAACGCAGACAGGGAUCCAGGGAGAGACCGGGCUCCAUCAGGGCCAGAGCAGGCGUGGGGAACGGAACAAAACCAAGACCAAGACUGGAGCAGAGACAGGGGGCACGUCUGGAGACCAGACUUGAACAUGAAGAAAGUCCACAGAGGAGAGAUGGAGCGAAGCCAACCGGCCAAUAACUUCACUCAGCCACCAGAGGGCAGAGACUCCUGUUCAAAUGCAGCCAGUGUGGGAGAAGCCUCAACAUCCCAACAAAGCGAGGACCAGAAACCGGCCAUCACUUCCCCCAAGAAGGAGCCUCCUUCCUAUCCACCAGGAAGUCAAGAGGAGCGAUGGCAGCUCCAGAUUGUGGCCAAAGGCAGAGUCACGUGUCCGAAGUGUAAAAGUGUGAGCAGGAAGACUGUGGAGGGUCUGAAGAAACACAUGGAGAACUGCAGACUGCAACCCUUCACCUGUCAGCACUGUGGGAAGCAGCUCAAGUCUUCCACAGGGAUGAAAUAUCACAUCAUGGCCGACCACAGUCAUCUGCCCUCAGCCGAGGACGCAAAGAAUCUGGACGAUCGUGUCAUCAAAGAAAAACUUCGUAAAAUCCUGAAAAGACUGGGGAAGUUAAAAUGCUCCAAAGAGGGCUGCACCGCUGCGUUCACCAGCAUCAUGGGCUACGUGUACCACAUGAAGAAGUGUGGGAAGGAGGAGUCUGAGCUGGAGAAAAUGCUGCUGAACUGCUCCCACUGUGGGAAAACAUACAAGUCCAAGGCUGGUCUGGAGUACCACCUGAAGUCAGAGCACGCUCCUACACCUCUGAAGAUCGAGGAAGACGAGUCCCUGAAAGCUCAGAGAGAAGCCAACCCGGAGAGGACGGCCAGCGGCAGAGUGCAGCGAGCGUCGGCUCAGGUGGCAAACUUCCACCUGGCUGAAAUCGCCAACAACGACCUGCCCAAAGACUGGCCCAAGAGGAAGUUCCAGUCUGACCUGGUGCCGGAUGAUAAGAAGUUGAAGUAUUCCCGCCCGGGCCUGCCCGCCUUCAGCCAGGAGGUGCUGAGGAAGUGGAAGAAUGAAGUGAAGCUGCAGAGGAAAGUGCACUGUCCCAACCAGGGCUGCGGCUGCACAUACACCAGUGUGUCUGGACUGAAAGCUCAUCUGGGACUCUGCACCAGGGGCGACUUUGAAGCUGGUAAAUACAGAUGUUUGAUCUGCAACAAAGAGUUCAACUCUGAGAGCGGAGUGAAGUACCACAUCAACUCUGUCCACUCACAGGAUUGGUUCGUGACCAACAAAAAAGCCUCCAAGAAGUUCGAAAAGUUCCUCAAAAGCCAGCCCAAGGAGUUCGUCCAUCACGUGGAAAAGCAGAACCCGGACCAGUGCCACCACAACCACCACCUCCAGCAGCAUCAUCAUCAGCACCACCACCACCACCACCACCCUCAUCACCAUCAUCAUCAUCAGCAGCAGCAGCAGCUCCAGCACCAGCACCAGCACCAGCACCAACACCUGCAGCACCCUCUGCAGCCUCUGCAUCACCUCCAGCACCAAACCGUGUACCUCCACCCGGAGCACCAGAACCUCCCUCCACAGGUGGACGCCCCCCAGCUGCAGCCGCCCAUUCUCCAAUACACCCCUCUGGAGCCUCUGUCUGCACCCAUGUGGGUGGACAUGGAACGGAGGGAGGAGAUGCCGGGUUCUGAGCAGGCGCCGAUCGAGAUGGACGUGGACGAGAAACCUGUGGAGGACAACGGGGAGAUGGUGGAGGGGAAGAGGAGGGAGAAGGUGGAGAGGAGGAAGGGCGAGGGGAAGCAGAAGGAGUGCUUUGCUUUCAGCGGCGGAGGCGAAUCAGAGGCGGAGCAGCAGGACAGGCAGAGACAGAUCGACCAGUGGAACCUGAAACGUCCGGGCGUCAUGGAGCCUCACGCUGAGGCGGUGAAACGACAGAGGAACACUUAAACACCGUAACAUGACGCUUUUCUUUAACAUGCAUCUGGACGGACUUAAACUUUAACAGAGACAGAGGAUGAAAGCACCACUUUAUCAAACAUGCAGGAGACAAACCUGUGUCUCUUUGCUGCAGGACAAACCCUGGAGAGAAGGCAGCUGGAGCUACAACCUGUGACUCCUGACGGUGGAUGAAGCAUUUAUACAACAAAGGAAACCUUCAAAAGAACCUCACGGUGGUCAGACUGUGUAAACUUCUGCUUUAGAAGCUGUUUGUCAUUGUAUAGCUUUGAGAAGUGUAGUAUAUCUGUGUGUUUACGUGUAACAGAUUCUUUUCUCCAACGUUAAACGUGUCCGUUCGAUGAA